AUGCAAUUCCUUUUCUCCCUCGCUGCAUUUGCCGGUCUUGCUCUGGCCCAGAAUGCUCAUAUCGGACUGCCCAAGGCUGGCCAGACGGUCGCCGCCGGCAGCGAUGUCAUUGUUCAGGUCCAGCGUCCCAACUCUUUGACCAAGUCGGAGGAAAUGGCCAUUGCAAUUGGUUUCGCCUCUUGUGGCAGUGGAGGGUGCCAUCCCGCCGAUGAAGUCAUGGGUACAGUAGUUUACAACGGAAAGUUUAACCCUGUAUACCACGAGACCUACCUACCUCCAUACCAGAACUUCACCGUCACUGUUCCCUCUUCAUUUAAGGCAGGCAAUGCCCAGGUCAACGUGGCCCAUGCCACUCUUGUCGGAGCCGGCUUGUACCCCGAUAUGGAGACUUUGAACCAGACCAUUAUCAUUUCCUAA